AUGCUGGGUCCUAUACCAUCAGCCCUAGCAGAUUUGUUUGAAUGAAGUUGAUUAAUUAAAGUACUAACUUCUGAUGUGGUAAUAAACUGAACAGAGAAAUGCUUAGACUCUAGCUUAGCAUCCAGAUAUGUUUUUAGUGAGUGGAAAUCGUGUUCAGCAAAUUUAGUCUUUUUAAUAAGUUUCGAGAUGUCAACAAAGUGAUCAUUAAGUGCAUUAGCUACAUUUGUUUUACCAGAUAUUAUCCGAUCAUCCUUCCUUAUUACAUUUGGCAAAAUAGAGGAUUCUGUGUGUUCAUUUGAUGCUAAUUUAAUAGUUUUCCAGAGCGAUUUCGCACUUGUUUUGUUUUGUACCGCAUUCGAAAAAUAUUCUUUUUUAGCCAUUUUGAUUGCACUGUUACAUUUAUUACGCCACAACUUAUAUUGUGGCCAAUUAGAUUCACGUUUAUAUUUAUCCCUUAAAGACCUUGCUUGUUUUACGUUUUCGUUGUACCAACCAGGUUGUUGUAAUCUCUUCACUUUUUUAUAUUUGAUAGGGGCAUUCUUAUUAAGGACUGAGUUUAAUAUGUUAUAAAAUACUUCAAAUGCCUCAUUAGCAUCCUCUAUUGUUUCAACCAUAUCAAAAUUAGCAUUUGCUAAGUCAUUUUGAAAAUUGAUUUCAUUAAAUUUGUUAAAACAUCUGUACUUAAUAAUUUUAUGAUCAUCUGUUUUAACAAUUUUACCUUUGACGCUUAAUGUAAAAACUACUGGGUAAUGGUCACUUAUGCCUAUUUUUGGUAUGAUUAUCUCAGAAAUGUUGUCAUAUUUUGAAUACAAAUGGUCUAAUAUUGAUGAUGAACGUUCCGUAACCCUUGUUGGAAAAGACACGUGUUGUUUUAAAUUAAAAUCAGUGAUAAGUUUUUCCCAUUUCUUAUUGUUAAAUAUGUUUUGGCUUAAACAAUGAAAAUUAAAAUCCCCGGUUGAAUACAUAUUACAAUCUUCCAUGUCUGCCUUAUUUAUCUGUAAUUCAAAUGAGUCAAUCCAAGAUUGAGGGCUAUUUGGUGGGCGAUAAACAAAGUUAAUUAGAUAUGGUUUGUACUUUACAAUGUUGAUUUGUAGCCAAAUAGAUUCAAUAUCGUCACUUUCUAAAUCAUGUCUACGUACAAAAGAGAUGCUAUCUUUUAUAUAAACUAUUAUACCGCCUCCAGCAGAAAUAGCCCUAUCACGUCUUACAAUGCUGUAACCGGAAAUGGAUAUUGUAUUAAUCUCCGUUUUAUCAUUUAAAAAUGUUUCACAAAAGCCUACUAUAUCUAAAGAACUAUUUUCGUGUAAGUAAACACGAAUUUCAUCCAAUUUAGGCAAUAAAUGUUGGAUAUUCAAAUGCAUAAUAUGCAAACCUUUAUAUGUAAAUGGAAUAUAAUAAUCAUUAUUUAUGUUACAUUUUAAAGUAGAUUGUAUGUGAGAUUCCAUAAGAACGUUACUAUCCAGGGAUGAUAUAUCAGUGUCUAAAUUAUUUAUUGUGCUACAUUUAAUAUUAUUCAAUCUUAAGCAAUGUGGUUUAUGUUGAUUUGUAUCAUCAUUAGCAAUAAUUAAACUACACUUACAUUUGUGCGAGUCACAUUGGUUACAUACCGACGAAAGAAUGUCAAAUUUAUUUGUGCUAUAUAACGAUGUAGUACGUCUGUCAUCAGUAACCUAUUGUCUUUUGGGUAGUCUGCAGUCACGUGUAACAUGAUUUUGACGUCCACAGUUCGUGCAGUGUCGACUGUUUUCAUGAUUGACGUGUCGACGAACGUACCGGAAGUCACGAUUUUCAUACACAAAAUUCCUUCCAACACACUCAUUCAAAUGGUGUUCACCAAUAUCGGCAUCGGAGCUGGCUGGUCCCACCCAAUCCAUCUACACGGUCACUCGUUCUACGUCAAGAAGAUGGGCCUGGGAUCAUACAACCCUUCGAACGGUCUUCUUGUGUCUCCGACUACAGACAUUGUUUGCACUGACAAAUUCAAGUUCUGCAGCACCAUGCGAUGGAGCGAUGCAUCUUGGGAUACCGGAAAUGUUCCUGGAAUGAACGAUGAUCCGCCGAAGAAGGACACUUUUAUAGUGCCACCUGGUGUCUAUGUGGUGGUGCGUUUUAUCUCCGACAACCCCGGUAUGUGGUUUCUGCAUUGUCACAUCGACUUGCACAACACCAACGGAAUGGUGAUGGUCAUAGACGAGGGGGACAAAAAACCGGCUACGCCCAAAGGAUUUCCAACAUGUCGGAAUUUCGAAUUCAGUGGACUGGUUUCCGACAUAAGCUCUGCAAAGCGGUGUUAUGCCUUCGCGAUCCAAUCUCUCGUUAUUACCGUUUUGCAUGGAUUGUUCAUCGUGCUGUAGAAAAACAAUAUAUGGAUGGUGUGUGCUUACUUUACUUCUUUUUACAGAUUUCGGCGACUGUUUUUAUGAUCAUGCUAUUUUUUUAAUAUUUAAUUGUCUGUUCGUUGCUAGUAUAUAUACGUUAAGAAGAUUUUUCUCCACAUACCAUUUCAUAUUGUACUCCUCACUAAAUAUUCUUAUUGUUCACCUUAUGUUGUUUUAUUUAGUUAAGUUUAAGUCAGUUUAUACACUAUUUACAAUUCCAAAAUAUUUGCAUUGACAAUCCGGUAUGACCGUGAUAAGAAUCGAUUAAAACCUUUAAGUUAUUUAACUCAUAAAAUAUAAUGAAAAAUUAAUACGCCUUGAAGUUUCAGUGUUUGUAGCUUCGAAUAAGCGUUUAAAUAAUUCGUAUUAAUUUGAGUACAUAGCAAUUGUCCCCGGUGCAUGUAUACUUCCCAUUUUGUAAAGUAUAUGUAUGCAUUAAUUUAUUGUAUACCUUAUAUGACUGUUUUCACGUGAGGCCUGUGCGUUCUAUCUUCACUGUCACAUCGACCGGCAAAGCACCACACAAACGAUAGUGGCAUGCUGUUUGCACAUUAUGAAUUCUGUGAUGUGUUUGUUUAUUUUUAUUCACGUGCACUGUGUAACCACUGUCUUAAAGUUAUUGAACACUAUAACGAUCUUUGCGUUUUAAUAUUGAAGUAUAAAAUCUAUUCUCGUUGUGUUUGUUAACGUAUAAUAAGAGAAAUACUAUCGUCUUUAAGUGCUUGCGUGGUAUGCAGUGAUGAAAUGUUCACCUGUAUUAUUAUUAUUAUUAUUACUAUUAUUUUUAUUAUUAGUAGUAUAAGUAUUAUUUUUAUUAGUAGUAUUGUAUCUUAAUUAUAAUUAUUAGCUUGAUUAGCAAACAGAAUGAUAAUUAAUGCAUCAGUUCACAAGCAACAUAAGAUACAACAACACAGCAUGAAAAAACAGUGUUAUCAUACAAUGAAACAACUAUCGAAACUACACCAAUUGGUGCCAUACAUAUCAAAACCGUUCUUUAUGCAUACUAUUCCACAUUUGCAAACAAGUUUGCCGAAAACUGUGUUGAAGCGGAUGUGUUAUUGUGAUAUAUAGCUAUGGUAACAUUUCUAGAAUAGAGACAAAACCAAAAACUCAGCUAACAGCAUUUAUUUUGUUAUUUUUAACAAUAAGGUUUAGAAAUAUGUAAUUAUACCUAUAUUUGUAAACCUAUAUGCAUAACAUUGUGUGACCACUGUGUAUUAAACCCAUCCAUGUACCAUUCUCACGAAAUAUGUUCACGAACUAUGUAUAUUUCGUGUUUAUUUAGAUUAUUUAUUCUUUAAAAUGAUGUGUGUUUUUGUGUGUACUUCAACGCAUGCUGUUAUUUAUAUGUAUGUUAAUGACGAUGAGCUUCACAUGCUUAAGUAAAAAAUAAACUAUUCUGUUCUGUUC